CACAAGUGUCACUGCAACCCUUCUUCUAUUACUCUGCCGCCUGGCUUCGCGGCGCCUCAUUCACUAGAAGAUGGCGGACUGCGCUUCACUAUUAGAUGAGGAACUCUCGUCCUUCGUCUUCAAUUACCUGACAGAGAAUCCCGACAGCCAGUAUGGGGAGGAGGAAGUGUGCUCAGACCGCCUGGACACCGACUUUGCCGACAUUGACCUCUCGCAGCUGGACACCAGCGACUUUGACAGCGUCAACUGCCUCAGCGAACUGCAGUGGUGCAGUGAUCAGGCAGCGGAUGCGUCGCCGGCCUCCAUCCGAUACAGCACACCCGACGAACUUUUUGAGAUUGAAGAGGAAAACGCGGCGCUGCUGGCCGCUCUGACGGACAGCCUCGACGGCAUGGUAGACGCAGAGGUGGGCGGCCUCUCUGUCUUCCCCGCUCUGGGGGAGGACGAGCCCGAACAGGACGAGGAUGACCACGACCAUCUUCAUCAUCUUUCUGUUGGCGCAAAACACAUCAAAUGCUCGCAGGACACCGAGGAUCCUUCUCUGCUGAAGAUCUUGCUGCUCACUCCGCCCAAUGUGCCUGUGGGCAAAGAUAGCGUCCAUGGGCAUCGCUAUAGAAACAGAGGAUUACACUCACGGACGGUCCGGCCUCCAGUUAAGAUGGAUGCUUCUCAGGUGCGGAAGCCACGCGCCGUGCGUCCAGCGGGCCGCUUGUGCACCGAGCUCCAUCGCCAUCUCACCAUAUCCCGGCGAGACGCCAAGGAGCCCCCAACUGCAGAUCCGGAGGACGAAGAGGAAGAGGAGGAGGAUGAAGACGAUGACGACAGCGAAUCAGAGGAGGACGAUGAUGAGGAAGAAGAGUCUUCUGGUAGUGAGGUAGAGGCAAGGCAAAUCAAGGCCCCUGCCGAGCCUGUCAAACCUCAAUUCACCUCGGAAAAAGAACUCCGCUCUGUAGUGGAGCUUAUCACCUACAUGCACACAUACUGCAUGCCUGUGCGCAAGCAGCAGGGUCUGGACCGUAAGGACCCGCCCAGGCCUCGAGCUCGACCCGAUGCCACCCGCCCGUCAGUAACAAACUCUCACAGCCGGCUGGUCCUGGUGGCUCCGUCAGCGAGCAGUGGGCCAGGGUAUGAGCCCCGGAGACUUCCCUUCGCGAGGCGGAGGCAGUUGAAACCCAACUCCUUUCUCCGUGAUCUCCUGCAGCAGAGUAGCUCAUUUGAUGUGAGCAAGCCUUAUGGAUUGCACAGUCCACCGUACACUCAAGCAGGACCAGGAUCCCCGCCUUCCAACCGACCACUUGGCACUGUCACCACUAAACCAGAUCUUUGUAAGGACCCUUCCUUGCCCGCAAGGAGAAACCACCCCUAUGAGGCGCUGAAAAGCCCUGUGGAAGACAGUGGCUCAUUCUCAGUUCGCCGCUCCAGGCGUCUGGCUUCCUUCCCCAGUCGCUUUGCCAAGAGGCUGCGGCCCGGGCAGACGAGGGAGGGUGACUGGAGUGAGGAACGGGAUAACCGGCAGGCGGGAGGCAAGCUCUCGUCAACUCAAGCGGGAGGAGGGACAACGACAGAGGCAGGAAUGCAAGGUGACACAACAGAGAUGACCAAAACCUGCUGCCACAGCGAGAAGCGAGCCUGCCUGUGUCUGCCUCUCAACACCAGCAAGUCCACAGGAGAGUUCAGCAGCAAGACAUUUGAGCAGACGCUCGGCGUGGAUCUGUGUGGAACUGCAGGUCUGACGCCUCCCACCACACCGCCUCACAAGCCGGUGGAGGACGACCUCUUCAAGCCAACCGAGGCCAGAAAGGAUGGCGAAAGAAACACUGACGCGUCUGUCCACUCAUCCGUCCACUCCUCCGCCAACGUUGUCGGCGGCCUCCGAGCAUCCUGGCUGAGCCGCACACAUCAGCGUAAACUACCGGAGCAGACAGAGCUGUAUGCCCAGCUGCGGCGCAUGGGUCAGGCCGGAGACGACGACGCCUGCCGUGGCUUCGGCGACCACGACUACUGUGUGCUGAGCCUCGGAGAAUCCCGCAAGCGCAGCGUUGCCAUGCUGAGCACCGUACUGCAGGGGGUUGGAGAACACCAACUCAGUGAUGCAGCGCCGGAAAAUGGCAUCCAGUCCAAUGUCGGCGAGCCAAUGACAUCAUCACAACCCCCGUCUGACUGCCAGUCAGUGGCCACCACACCCCCUGCCUCAGAAGAAGAGUGCUCUGCGCUGUCCCGCUCGCCCUCACCGACCCUCCACCUUUGUUCCGACUCCACCGCUAGCAAGGGAAACUCCAGUGAACACGCGAUAUCUCCAGACGACGAGCAGAAGAACAAAGCCAAAUCUGACGAGGAGAACUGUCAGGUGUUCUACAUCCACAACCUGCCCAGCAGCAUGACCCAGAACAUGUUGAGGAAGCGCUUCCAGGUCUUUGGCACAGCCGAGGACUGCAAAGUCAUCAUCUGUAAUGAGGAGCGCUGCGGCGUCAUAAAGAUUCGCCAGUCCGGCAUCCAGCGGCACCGGCGGGAGCGUGAGAAUGUUUUCCAGAGCGCAACUAUGAGUGGGAGGAGACUGACGAGGAAGCGUUACAUCGACCUUGCAUUUGGGAUUCACUGGCCUAGGCUAAUGUUAGCGUUCAUCCCCUCCCUCACUGUCCAGACGAGGCAGGUCCAGGUCCAGUCAAGAGCAAGUACGACGCGCUAGACUUUGAUACGUUGCUGAAGGAGGCCCAGAAGUCGGUGCACCACCGCUGACUGUCCCACUGCGCUGAACCCAAGCUGCGCCGCGACUGUCCCGCCUUAUUAAAUGCCACACCACGGCAGCAGAAAAAAAAGCGGUACACACCUCUCCACACAAAAUGUUUACAUUUUUAAAAGGAGUGGACGAGAUCGUUUUUUGAGGGGGGGAGGCAAAAGCGGUUACUUUGUAAUAGCUACGAGACCAGCCGCAGCUCUACGUCCUGCCGAGAGACCUCCGUAGCAAAUCUUUGUUGCGUGUGUGCGUGUUUAUGUGUUUCUGUGUGAAAAAAAAUUCAGGUGGUGCGCGGCGUCCUAUCGCCAGAAAAAAAAAUACAAAAGUAAUAAACUAUGUGUGUGGUUGUUCAAAAAAAUGGAAAAAAGAUACCCACUUUGUUGGAUGUUCUACAUGGAAAAAAAAAACUGUGGUGUGUGCAAAGAGUAUAACGUUCAAUGUAAAAAGGUGGACAAAAGUUUACAAAAAUGAAGAUUUUCUUUCUUGUUUUGUAAUUGUAGUGCUUCCUUGAUUUGAUCUAUGCACUGUUGGGAAGUUUUUUUUCUGCUUUAUCCCACUGUCACUGUCAACGCUAAAUCCUCAAACCCUGUUUUUUUUUUUCAGAGGCGCCUUCUACUGGCCCACGUUAGCGACAUGGAUAGCGCGAAAUGCUUUGUGGGAAUGUUUCACCUGAAAAUUAGGAGGCAAAUGUUAGUCUGGAUAAGUCAGCAUUUGUUUUUUGUUAAUCAGGAUAUUAAAUGGUUUUCAGUCUUAGUUUUAGCCAGCAAAUAAAAUCACGCAGCACACCUCUAUUUUCUAGUGGUAAAAGGCCAGUAAUGCUAGCUUUCGCUAUUAGCCCACAACACGCCUGUUGUAUGUUGACAUUAGCUUUAGUUGUCUAGCAUGAUUAUAGUACACGUUUCUUGGUGUUAGCUCUAUGUUCUUGAUCUUGAAAUGUUAGCGUUCGCUGUAGCCAGCUAGCCCAGCCUCACAGCACCUUAUUUUUAAAUCCACUGUUAGCCAUCCAGCAUGACCACAAAGCACCUCUUUUCUCUAUAUUUAGCUUUAUCCUCCAAGCAAAGACAAUAUUACUCAUUAAUUGUACACAGUUAAAUUUAGCCAGCUAAAAUAUCUCCAGUGCACCUCUGUUUCAUACUCUCAACAUCAGCAUUGGCCAACUAGCACAAAUUAAACACAUCUCUAUUUUUUUACUGUUUGCUUUAGCCUGCUAACAAAACCACAUAGCCCCUCCAUUUUGUAGCGCUAGAUUUAGCUAGCAAGCAUGGCCACAGUGCGCCCAUUAUUUACAUACACUAUUAAAUGUGAAUGUUCAAUACCACUAUUUUUCAGACAGGAACCAGUAAGAGUAUUCACUCUUGAAUACUCACCAAUUCUGAUACCAAACAAGUAUUUUAAUACUUUUAUUGCGUUACAUAUACACGGCAUACCUUCAAAUACAAUUUUAGUUUUAGCUUUAGCCAGCUAGCCGGCUUAAUUAAACAAUCAGUAAGGGUGGAGCAUUCCCACAUUGAAGGCGGCAGACUGGUCUGUCUGCCGAUGCAACGUGUAUUGUUUACAUUUAAAUUACAGCCUGUGUCGUUCAAUGGGGGGGGGCGAAUAUGGUUGUGGCAGUGGCACCAUUACAACAAAUGUCCCAGUCCCCUCAAAAUAUCCAUAGUGACUAAUGUUGGUUAGAUCUGAUGGAAUGUAUCCGUCACGAUGAAUGUAAACAUUCCCUUUUGCGGCAGGUGGUUGCACCCAACCUGGCCAGUAGGAGGCACUGAAAAAAAAGAAAGGUAGAAUUGGAAUUUAGCAAGAAAAUGACACGGAUGGUGUCAGGAGUAUCUCUACCUCACGUCCAUGCGCCGAUGCUCUCCCCGCCGCCAUCCUGCUACCCCAUAAGGGUUAAUUCCCAAAAGCCUCUUCUGCACGCCACCAUGUUUGUAGCUCAUCAGCAAGCUUUGCAAAAGCUUGUUAACAAUCCUGAUGAUUUGAAUCGAGGGUGUUGCAGUAGGGAUACAUUUAAAACAGGCUAGAUAGGGAUUUUCGAGGGACCGGCCUUGGGCAGCCCUGUCUUAGAAAGAUUAAAUCUAGCCUCCGUUUUGACAUCCAGCCUGACCACAGCCUGACCUGACUUCUGCUUCACAAAUCUGCCACUGGUUGAAGCCUCUACUCCAAAAAUGGUGGCGUGUAGAAGGCUUUAGUUCUGAGCACUUCCUCUCCUCAUCAAACUGAGACACAGCUUUGUGCCGGUUCAAGACCUUGAUUUUCCGGGUCCUUCCACAGCUUAUCACACACAGGCACACACAAGUACGUUGAAUGUUUACAUCAUGGUUUACAUAAAUCUCUAAUAUAAAACACCAUACUAGCUCUCGAGCGAUAGAGAGAGAGAUAGAGAGAGAGCGAUAGAGAGCGAUAGAGAGCCAUAGAGCAAGAGAGAGAGAGAGAGAGAGAGCAAGGGAGGGAGAGCGAGAGAGAGAGAGCGAGAGAGAGAGAGAGAGAGAGAGAGAGAGACAUGUGUGUAUGGCUAAAUGUGUACAUAGCACGAAACAUCUUACAUAUAAUUUUGGCAGCAGCAGGAUUUGGAGGGAACUUUGACAUAACGACACACAAAGUCUGGCACUGUGUAAAAAAAGAGCAGUGCAUGAAAAAUCCCUUUAGAUGAUCACGUUUGUUCAGUUUUGUUUUUAAUCAUAUUAUUAGAUGCAAUACGUGAGAAUGGUCACUGAGUCAUCAAGACGAAUGUGAUCGACGUGUACAAAAAUCAAUCGUAAUCUUGCACACUAAACGUCCCGACUGGAAUUGUCGGAGGUGAAGAGACAAGGGGAAAUGGAGGAAGGGGAAGGGGUGAUGAUGAUGAUGAUGUGAUGAUGACGAUGGUCUUGAUGAUGAUGAUGAUGAGAAAACCCACUUGGCUUGGGAAUUUGCAGUAGCAAAAUUUUCCCCUAAAUUAAAAACUUUAAAACGCACGCUAACACAAAAUAUUUUUAUUUUGAAACAUCCACCCAUUAACAUAACACACAUACACAUGCGCUUACAUACUGUACAUCAACUUGCUGUGCAAGCUCAAAACAUUUAGACAUACAUAUGCACACAAACUUGCAUACACAAACAUGCACGUAUGCUGACAAAUGUGAACUUGCAUACACAAAAGUUCUUACUUCAUAAACUUACAAACACAAAGUAACUUAAACAUAUUCACGUGAACUUACAUGUAUAAUGUACUUUGCACAUGAACUUAGACGUAUACGUACGUAAGCUUGUGCCAAGUACCGUAUUUUUUGCACUAUAAGGCGCACUGAAUUAUAAGGAAACGAUGCGACCUUGUAAUUUACUAGUCGUACAAAAACGUACUGAAACAUUAUAUUGGGGCACUGUGUUCAACCAGUAUGGAUCAACAAAUUCAUCAAUUGAUCCAUAUAUAAGGCGCUCUGCAUUAUAAGGUGCACUGUGUUUUUUUGAGUUAAUUUUAAGAUUUUAAGUGCGCCUAAUAGUGCGGAAAUUACGGUAAUAUUCAGAUAAAUGUCCCGUUAAAUCUGUAUCCAUGUCAACUUGCACACAUAAACCUAAAAGUCAUCACAUACAUUAAAUAGAUAUAAACUUUCACCAACGUACAUACAUACCACAAUUUACAUGAAUUUACAUAGACACUUAUACAAACUUGGAUUCAUAAACGCACACUGAAAUGAACACGUAAACUUUUUCUUUUUCAACAUUUACCCCCUGACGUCUCAUGUCAUCACGUCAUCUCGUGAUCACAGCAAAGCCUUAAAAUCAGCAGUAGGUUCUUCCCUCUUCCACACGGCACCUCUCCGAUCCAAUUCCGACCGCCACUGAGGACGUUUUAUUCAAAAGAACUCUUUUUCAAUAGCCAUAUUCUAAAAAAGGUAUAUACAUAUAUAUGAAUAUAUCUCAAUAUAUAUUUGUGUGUUUGUGUAGAUAUAUCUAGAUGACGAUAUACUUUCUUAUAGAAAACUUUGAUGUUGACCUUUUUUUUUCCUUGUGUUUUGAGAAGACACAUUUUUCAAGUGUAAUAAUAAGCACUGUCCACUUGGGCUAGUUCUAAUCAAUCCAAAUAUGAAUAAUAAUAACGAUAAUAACUUUCCAAAGGGAAAAGAUUCUCGCCACAAUGCAAUACUUCCUGCUCUUCGUUUGUGAAAAGUAGGGGAAAAAACGGCAAGAAAAACUGCAAAACUUGACCAAAAAAAAAAGUAUAUACAAGUUGGUGGCUUUCGUGUUUUAUGUUUCAAAGGCUUAAAUGUUGAUUUUUAUUUUAUUUUCUACUAAAUCAUUUCAUCACACAAUAUAAACCUUUAAGGAUGUCAAAUGAGCACUUGGUAGGCAAAUGAUUCUACGUGAAAUAAAUAUAAAUGAAAUAAUAAAUACAAGAGUGAAAAUAUAAAUGUGAGCGUGUGGAACAAUAUAAGAUAAAGGGCAUAUGUUUUAUUUUGACUUCUAAGGACACACUCAUCUGAUUUUCUUUUUUUAACAUAAAAUAUGCUAAAUACUUUGCGUCAGAUUUUAUAUUUUUAAUUUUUUUUUAAUUUAUGCUCCACUUAGCUUGGAUGUUUUGAGGUGUGUUCUUUUCCUCUUUUUAUUCCGUUUUUUUGGGGGGUGUGAUUUCAUGACGGGUGAAGAAUGUGGAGAAGAGAAGUGUAUGUGGACGAAAAGGCAUUUCAGUAUUUUUGAAUUGCUCAAAUCUAGUUUCUUAGAUGUUCUUGUUAUAAAUUAUAUUUUAAUUGGUGUACAUAGUUUCAAACAGGAGACGCUGGCUUCCUUUUAAACUGAAUACAUUUUUCUCUUCAGAGAUUGUUUACAUUAUGAAACUGUAGAGACGUGCUCCUCAUAUACUGUAUAAAGGACAUAUAUUCAUUGAUUCGCCUCCAGUAAUAAAUCCCUAAUGGAACAGCA